UGGGAGUUCCAGAUCGGACCUUGCUGUGGAAUUGAGGCCGGUGAUCACCUCUGGAUGGCUCGUUUUAUUCUCUAUCGUGUGGCUGAAGAUUUUGGUGUUGUCGUAACCCUUGAUCCCAAACCUGUUGCAGGCAACUGGAACGGCUGCGGCGCACAUUGCAAUUAUUCAACGCUUAAAAUGCGUAAUCCAACUCAGGGAAUAAAGGCCAUCGAAGAAGCUAUACAAAAACUCUCUUGCACUCAUAAAGAACACAUCGAAAGUUACGAUCCGAAAAAAGGGGAGGACAACAAACGACGGUUGACCGGCCUUCACGAGACAAGCAGCAUUCACGACUUUUCAUCAGGUUCGUAA